AUGUGCUUCGUGAAGCAGCUCGAGGUCCCUCCAUAUGGGAGCUACCCGGCCAACGGCCCUACCACGCCCAGGGCCAACUUGGCCAAGGAGCUGGAGAAGUUCUCCAAGGUCACCUUUGACUACGCAAGUUUCGAUGCUCAGGUUUUUGGCAAACGCAUGCUUGCCCCAAAGAUUCAGACCAGCGAAACCUCACCUAAAGCCUUUCAAUCCAAACCUUUCCCAAAGGCCUCUUCCCCCAGGCACAGCCCCUCCAGUAGUUAUGUGAGGAGCACUUCAUCCUCUUCUGCAGGCUUUGACUACUCACACGAUGCCGAGGCUGCACACAUGGCUGCCACUGCCAUCCUGAACCUCUCCACACGCUGCUGGGAGAUGCCUGAGAACCUCAGCACGAAGCCACAGGACCUCCCCAGCAAGUCUGUGGAUAUUGAGGUAGAUGAAAAUGGAACCCUGGACUUGAGCAUGCACAAACACCGCAGGCGAGAACAGGCUUUCCCCAGCAGCAGCAGCUGCAGCAGCAGCCCCGGCGUGAAGUCUCCCGACACCUCCCAGCGCCAGAGCAGCACCAGCGCCCCCAGCAGCUCCAUGACCUCUCCCCAGUCCAGCCAGGCCUCCCGCCAGGAUGAGUGGGACCGGCCUCUGGACUACACCAAGCCCAGCCGCCUGAGAGAGGAGGAACCUGAGGAGUCAGAGCCAGCAGCCCCAUUCUUUGCUUCUUCUGAAGCAGAUGACCAGGAAGUGUCGGAAGAGAAUUUUGAGGAGCGGAAGUAUCCGGGGGAAGUCACCCUGACCAACUUUAAGCUGAAGUUUCUCUCCAAGGACAUAAAGAAGGAAGCUGCUCACGUGAGUCCCCUGCUUUGCUGUCCCACCCCUGGCUGUGACGGCAGCGGCCACAUCACUGGGAACUAUGCCUCCCACCGCAGCCUCUCUGGUUGCCCUCUUGCUGACAAGAGCCUCAGAAACCUCAUGGCUGCCCACUCUGCUGACCUCAAGUGCCCCACGCCUGGCUGUGACGGCUCUGGCCAUAUCACAGGGAACUACGCUUCACACCGGAGCUUGUCUGGCUGCCCUCGUGCAAAGAAAAGUGGAGUCAAGGUGGCACCCACCAAGGACGACAAGGAGGACCCCGAGCUGAUGAAGUGCCCAGUUCCAGGCUGUGUGGGGCUUGGUCACAUCAGCGGAAAAUACGCCUCUCACAGGAGCGCGUCCGGCUGCCCACUGGCCGCCCGCAGGCAGAAGGAAGGUUCCCUCAAUGGCUCGUCAUUCUCCUGGAAGUCCCUGAAGAAUGAAGGACCGACCUGCCCCACCCCGGGCUGUGACGGCUCUGGCCACGCCAAUGGGAGUUUCCUCACCCACCGGAGUUUGUCAGGAUGUCCCAGAGCAACAUUUGCUGGAAAGAAGGGAAAACUCUCAGGGGAUGAGGUCCUCAGUCCAAAAUUCAAGACUAGCGAUGUGUUGGAGAAUGAUGAGGAGAUCAAGCAGCUGAACCAGGAGAUCCGAGACCUGAACGAGUCCAACUCGGAGAUGGAGGCCGCCAUGGUACAGCUGCAGUCCCAGAUCUCCUCCAUGGAGAAGAACCUGAAGAACAUCGAGGAGGAGAACAAGCUCAUUGAGGAGCAGAAUGAAGCCCUGUUUCUGGAGCUGUCUGGCUUGAGCCAGGCCCUCAUCCAAAGUCUCGCCAAUAUCCGCCUUCCACACAUGGAGCCAAUAUGCGAACAGAAUUUCGAUGCCUAUGUGAGCACCCUCACCGACAUGUACUCCAACCAGGAGUGCUACCAGAACCCGGAGAACAAGGACCUCCUGGAGAGCAUCAAGCAGGCUGUGAGGGGCAUCCAGGUCUAG